AAUGCUAGUGCAAUGGACAUUUCUAUAGGCUGUGUGAAGCUGCUUGCCCGAAAAACAUAAACGCACUCGUCGCUGACAAUAAGCAAGGGCAGGCAUCGCAUCAGCGACUUCAUCAAUUCAUUCAUAGAUCAAUUGCGCAAAGCGCACCACAACAGCAGCCCAUCUUGCAAGAAAUAAAUCUUUCGGUUGCCACUGCCGGAAGCGAGCGGUGGAAAGGUGCCGAGACGUGCACCGUGUCGUCAGUUAGCCGGAGGUAGUAAUUAGUCACGACCAUCAGCGUUUCGCUCGACUACCACCCAGUAGAAUGAACCAAUUAGCCCCGCUGCAGUCGCAAAAAUGUAAUCAACGUAUGAACGGCUCGCGGUGGCGGCAGCAGCCGUUUGCGAAUACUCCGCAAACAAAUCAGUGCGGAGAACAGCAACGCAGCAACGUUAUCGUCAGAUGCACGAGCGCGCAACAGAAGAAAGCACCAAGUGCAAAAAUGUGCCGCCGUGUAGAGAUAACCGUGCGGACACUCCUAUCGGCGAUCGUGGUGUUGCACUUGCUACCGUACGCCUUGGUGGGAUAUACGCUGGCCAAAACUGCCCAACCGAAGCAGUCCUGUGAUAAAACAAGACGCGUCUUCACACAGUCCCAUGGGGAAAUCAGUGACGGCCCAUCCGGAUCCAACUACACGCAGGAUUCCCACUGCGAGUGGCUGAUACGGGCGGCAAAUGAUAGUCAAUUUAUAACGCUCAAGUUUCGCAGCAUGGGUACCGAGUGCUCGUACGACUAUAUCUUCAUCUACGAUGGAGACUCGUUUCGGUCGCCACUGUUGGGCAGCUUCAGUGGGAAUACGGAACCACAGCACGUCGUCGCCAGCUCCGGUAGCAUGCUCAUACUGCUGUACAGUGACACGAAUUACGUGUUGGAAGGUUUUCGGGCGGAAUUUUUCGUCACCAACUGCCCGAACAAUUGCACCGGCAAUGGACGGUGUGCUGAUCAUAUGUGUGUCUGCGACAGCGGCUGGAUGGGAUCGGAUUGUAGUCUGGAGGUGUGUCCGUUUCGGUGUGGCGAGGAAGAGGGCAGAGGGAAGUGCAGGACUGACCGGUGCGAAUGUUCAAUGGACUACGUAGGGCAAUCGUGUAGCCUUCACCGAUCCAACCCUGUCCCGAAGGAAUGGCACUGGCUGUCAAAGUCGAGAAACGGGCUACCCCCGAGGGCGGCCCAUACAGCCGUCUACCAUCAACCAUCCGAUUCGCUGUACGUUUUCGGAGGCUACAAUUUAAACGAAGUGCUUGACAGCCUUUAUGUGUACCGGUUUGCGAAGAACCAGUGGGAGGAUGAGUGGGGUUUGCGCGUAGAGCACAACCAUACCGAGGCGUCCGGCUCGGAGGCGGAAGAGAAAGCGCUCCGGAGGGCGAUGUUCCUGGAGGUCGAAACCGACCGGUUGGGUUUAUCGAAGGAACCGAACUUUCUGAGCAACGUCAUCUACACGCUCGCCGACAAUCGGACCGACGUCGACGGGUACGGCAAUGGGUCGCGCCCGGCAGCACGCUACGGUCACGCUGCGGCCACCGUCCCCGAUGGCUUCGUACUGUUCGGUGGAAAACUUUCCACCGGCCAGCAAGCGAACGAUCUGUGGCUGUACAAUGUGUCGCACCAGGGUGGUGCGUGGUUCGAGCGGGGCUUGGAAUCGCGUCUACGACCACCGCCCCUGACACGACACACACUAACGCUGGCCGGAGGGUUUUUGUACGUUUUCGGUGGUGCAACCGAGGACGGAGAGUUUUCCCCGAAGUUGUUCCGCAUAGCACUGUCAGCUAGGGGUGGUGAGGAGCAGUGGGAGGAAGUGAUCCCGCGCGGAGGUAAAGCGUUAGACGUGCGCAUGGUGGCGCAUACGACUUCGUACCAGCGGGCCACGAACUCACUGAUCGUGUACGGUGGUUUGGUCGCGAACGUGGCUCGUUUUUCACGCCUCUCGGAGCGUAUGUUUGCGUUCCAGCUGGAUCACAAGCACUGGGCGGAACUGCAGUAUCCUCGGACGGCACUGCACGAUGGAUACGCACCGCGCGAGCGAGCCUUUCACAGUACGAACAUCAUCGGCAACUAUUUGCUCGUAUUCGGAGGUUACUCACACAAGCACAACAAGGAGGAAAUAUGCUACGACAAUCAGAUGUACCUGUACCAUCUCGGCUGCCACAGUUGGAUCAAUCCGGAGGUGCUGGGUGCUGUCGGUCGGUUCCGGUACCCGAAAAAACAGGGUGUGUUUGCUCACGCGGCUGCGGUGCGCGCUGGCAAUACAUUACUCGUAGUUGGCGGAUACCAUGGUAACGUGAACGGAGAUCUCCUCGCCUACUCGCUGCCAGUAAUGUUAGUGGUGCACGGUGGCUCGGACACACCGGAAGCGGCAUGCCCUCGGCACACGUCGUUCAACGAGUGUUUGGCCGAUUUGGAGUGCGGCUGGUGUUCGGCGGAUAGUGUUUGCUACGGACGCACGAUCGGUGCCAACUGCACCACGAACCUGCAGACGACACGCUGCAAAGGCAUUUGCUCGGUACUGGGCGACUGUCAUUCGUGCCUGGUGCACGGUACGUCAUCGGUGGAUCUAGACCCGAAAGCACCUUCCUUCUCCAUCCAUCAUCAUCAACAGUCGAUUGCGCACAAGCUCGGACUCGAUCGGUGCACGUGGUGUGUGCAGAAUGCCCGUUGCCAUCACAAGGACGACAACUAUGGUGUAUGCGGGGAGGACACACCCUCGCAAAAGCCGGGCUGGUGGGGUUCGAAGGGUACGGAAGUGACAAGCCCGCGGGAGUGUACUGCCCUCGACAAACGACCCGGACUGACGUUCCUCAAGUAUCUCCACCCGAUGAACGUGUCCAUGCCGGACGCCGUCAUGAUCGUGAACGCGACCAUGGCCGACUUCACCUCACCACCCUCGAACACGCCCACGGAACAGCUGCUUGGGGGGCCGGGCGUGGUGGCCCGUCUGCUCGGCUUCAUUCGUUUUCCUCCCGUGAGUCCCGAUCAGUCGAUGGCGUGGCUUCAGGCUUGCGUUAGUCACGCGAACGCCGUCCUACGUACGGUGCAGGUUCCACCACGCCGCUCGUCGGCCAACUCCCAUCACCAUCCAACGCUUCCGCCGGGUGGUCCCGGUCUUUCGAUGAACUUCUCCGCCAACGAGAGCGUCUGCGAUAUGCUCAAGUGGCCCGAUCGGGCCAACAUUCUCGUGGAUUUCCGGGCGCAGCGCAACAAAGUUGGAUUUGCGCACCAUCCCCACCAUACCCACCACCACGGGCACCAUGGGCCGGAUCUGAGCAAGAUGAGCCUCCAGCACGUCUACGGUGGCGCCCUGCAAGCGUUCACCUUCGAGUUUCUCGAACCGUACUCGAACGGGACGGCGUGCGAGACGUACGGCAACUGUCUCGAGUGUCUGUCCGACUCGUCGUGCGGUUGGUGCGAGCUAGCGGACCGGUGUCUCUCGCGCCAGGUAAGCGAGCGGGACGCGUGUCGCGAUGGCGCUGGGAACUGGCGCUACCUUACGAUUCAACCGGCGCACUGCUCGAACUGUUCGAACUAUAUCUCGUGCGAGCAGUGCCUGGGACCCGGAGCCGGUGGUGAAUCGUGCGAAUGGUGGACGGAGGAUGCUACGUGCGCACGGCGUGGACGCUCGGAGGAAGCGGUCCGCACGCUCGACCAGUGUCCGAUGCCGUGCUACCAGCGGGCAGAUUGCUCUUCCUGCCUGAACGAUCGUGGACGGUGCGUGUGGUGUGAAGCCACCAGUCAGUGCUUCUCUUUCUCCGUGUACACCAGCGAGUACCAGUUCGGGAUGUGCCGGGAGUGGCUCGAUCAAACGCUUCCCCUCGGGGGUGGCUCGCUGGCGCCGGCAAUAGAGCCGCCACCCGUCGUCGUGCAGCAGUGCAAGUCGUGCGCGAGCCACCAGAACUGUUCGUACUGCCUGCGUUCGCUCAGCUGUGGCUGGUGCUACGACGAGGACAACCCGAUCAACGGCGUCUGCAUGCAGGGUGACUUUGGACGCUCGUCGAAGGAGUGCACACUGUCACUGAAUGGAACGGAUCGGGCGGAAACUCGAACCGGUAGCUGGGCGUAUGCGCAGUGCCCGGACGUGGACGAGUGCGAGCUGGGGCUGCACGAUUGUCACGAGCAGGCCGAGUGCAGCAACACGCACGGUUCGUACAACUGCAAGUGCCGCAAGGGUUACUUUGGCGACGGUGUACGUUACUGCCGGCAGACGUGCUACGAGUCGUGCGUGCACGGCCAUUGCUCGGGUGCGCCCGACUUUCGGUGCGUGUGCGAUCUCGGCUGGACCGGGGUGGAUUGUAGCGUUAACUGUGCGUGCAACAACCACUCGACCUGCCUGCAGGGUGUGGGGAAGUGCGAUCGUUGCCUCAACUGGACCGAAGGCGAGUUUUGCGAGCGAUGCAGCCCGGGAAGCUACGGAAACGCAACCACCGAGGCGGGCUGUCAGCGUUGCGAUUGCAAUGGGCACGGGAAUGUGGCGCUCGGGAUCUGCGAUGGCCGCACCGGAGAGUGCUACUGUCAGGAUUACACCGAGGGAUUGCACUGCGAGAACUGUAAUCGAAAUUUCUACGGCGAACCGAAGGACGGUGGACAGUGCUACCACGAGUGUGCAUCGCGCGGAGUUCUCACGCAAGUCGGCACCCAGGGACUGGGAUCGUUUCAAUCGCACCGUUCGAGCUGGAGCGGCCAGGAGACGCGAGAAUGCCUUUGGAUCGUCAGCCCACAGGUGACGCGUGGUUCGCCCGAGCUUCGCAACGCCAUCAUUCAGAUCGAAAUCGAAGCGGACCGGAUGAACGUGACCUGUGGGGAGAAUGCGGUGUACGUGUAUGACGGCCUACCGGACCUGACCGGGGUGGCCCAGCAGAAGCAGCUGAUUGCAGUGUUUUGCAAUGAAAAUCGUGGCUCGUGGAUUACGGAAGCACGGUCCGGGCAUCUGACGGUACACUUCAAGAAAGGUCCCUCGAGCGAGCAGGGUUUCAAUGCGAUCUACUCGGUGAUGAGCUGUGCGACGGGCAGUUGCCACCGGCCGUACAUCUGCACCGAGGAUGGGCAGCGCUGCGUUUGCCCUAAGGGUUUCACGGGGCCCCGUUGUGCGAUGCGUAUCUGCCCAUCGGACUGCAACGAAGAGAGUCGCCGGGGCGUUUGUGAUACCGCCUACGGACGGUGUAUCUGUGCGGCCGGGUACGGUGGGGACGAUUGUUCGCAGGAGGUGCGUCCAUCGAGCGUCGUGUACACGGAACUGUUCAACUCGUACCUCGUGUCGGAAAGCUUCGAGCAUCUGCGCAAGACGUUGCCUCGCUUCGGCCACUCGCUGGUGGCCGACCGGCGUGGUUCGCUGUGGAUGUUCGGAGGGUACUCGCUGUCGCACGGUCCGUUGAACGAUAUCCGCCAGUUUGAUACGCGCAACAACACCUGGAUGCAGGUGACGGUCGACUCGAGCCCCGAGGACCGGAUGCCCCAGGGUCGCUACUACCACGCGGCCGACAUCGUUAUCCCGCGGCAAUCGAUCUACAUCUACGGCGGGCUGGCGCGCAACGGAACGCUGGACGAUUUGUGGCAGUUUGGUCUGCAGACGCAACGCUGGAGUGUGGUUUGGUGGGCGCAGGAGAACACGACGGCGCAACGACCACCGGCGCUGGCAGGCCACACGCUCAACUACGUACGGGAUGGCGAGCGGGAGGUGCUGCUCCUGAUCGGCGGUUACUCGAUCGGUCAAUCGGGCUUACAGAGUCUCGUUUGGAUGUUCAACCUGGCGACGAACGUUUGGACGGCGGUGGUGCCCAGUGGCGAAGGUACGGCGGGUCCCGGUGGCAUCUACGGCCACACGGCCGUCUAUCAUGCCGCUAGCCAACUGGUGUAUGUUUACGGCGGCAUUCGCACGGUUGACGGCGUGUCGGUCGUAUCGAAUCGGUUAUACACGUUCAGUGUCGCUAGUAGGACGUGGGCCGAGUUGCCUCCGUUCAUCUACCACGGUGGGGAGUAUGUCCCGGCGGCACGCUACCUUCACUCUGCGGUCGCAACCGAAAACUACAUGCUUGUGUUCGGUGGGCGAUCGACCAACUUUAGCUCGCUCACGGCGGCCCAGGAGGUGAUGGUGGCGUACGUGUACCGCUGCAAUCAGUGGAUCCGGCUGGCGAAGGACGCCGACAAGGUGGGCACCAUCUACGGGUACACGUACGCGCAGGCGAUGGCCCAGGAUCCGGACGGGGGUGCCAUGUACGUGGUGGCCGGUUGGGACGGCAGCAACCACUGUCGUGUGACGCGCAUCCAGCUGCCGGACGAUCUGUGCGAUCUGUGGAGCGGCUCGAAGUACUUCUGCCGCCAGUACACCGGGUGUAGCUUCUGCUCGGUCAAGACGGGCGGUGCGGCACCUAGUUCCGAUGGGCCAUCGCACUGCUACUCGACCGGCGCUUCGUACCAUGCGUGCGAGACCUACAAUGGGACGAUCUCGUUCAACAGUGGCACAACAUGCGAUGCAGAGUGGAUCGGUCGGCGAGCCUGUGGUUCGUUCAAGACGUGCUCCUCCUGCCUCGCUACCUACCCGUGGCACGGCGAGCAGGAAUCCCCUUGUAAGUGGUGCCCGGAUUGCGCUCCCAAAGGCAGCUGCGUGCAGCGAUCGGUGGAGUGUGCGUUCGUGAAGGUUUGCUACACAAACCAAACGGCAACCCUAGAGCUGGAGCAGUGCCCGGGGGUUCGAUGCGUCGCGGGAGACUGUGUCGGUUGUCGCGCGAUGCCUGGCUGUAGCUGGGAGCGCGAUGAAACUACCCAACGGUACGGGUGUCGUUCGAGAGAAAUCCCGGUGACACCCAAAGCCACCCCUGCGCCUCGCAAUGUAUCGCUGGAAACCUGCCCGGUGCCAUGCAGUACGUACCGGAACUGUACCGCCUGCGUGAAACACCCGCCGGGAGCGCGAACUGGCUCGAGCUCCGAGUGUCUCUGGUCGACGCAGUUGAACGAGUGCAUUUCGCCGACCUUUCAGCCACUGUACUGUUCGGGCGGAAUUUGCGGCCUAGUGGUGCAACUGAACGACGCGGGCCACUGCCCAGAACCGUGUGCUAGUUUCACGCAGUGCGCCAGCUGCCUGCGACACGCGUACUGCGGAUGGUGCGCACGGAACGAUACCGAUGGGGAGGGCGUGUGCACGGAAGGGUCGGCGGAUGGGCCGGCCAAUCAUCCGGCGGGCUCGACCUGUGCCGCCAUCUACCAGACGCGCAGCAAGGCACCGACGCACGAGGCGGAGGGUUUCGGGUGGCAUUACUUCAAGUGUCCACCGGAGAACGAGUGCACCAACGGGCAUCACAGCUGCAACGCUCGGUCGCAGCGCUGUGUGGAUCAUCUGCAUGGAUACGAGUGCGUGUGCGCGCCAGGGUACAAUGCUACCGUCGUUGGAGGUGGCGGUGGUACUGGUGGUGGUGGUGUUGGUGGCCAAUGCGUACCCGUUUGCAGUCAGGGGUGCGUGCGGGGCAGCUGCCGGGAGCCGGACGUGUGUGAUUGCGAGUUUGGGUACGUCGGGGCGAACUGCAGCAUCCAGUGUCAGUGCAAUGGCCACUCGGACUGCGCCGGACCGGAUCGGCUCGAUCGAUGCCUGCAGUGUCACAACAACACGAAGGGUCCGCAGUGUGAUAAAUGCUUGCCGUUCUACGUGGGUGAUCCUCGGAACAGUGGCGGCUGUGUGCCGUGCAUCGAGCAUUGCAACGGCCAGACGGACGUGUGCAUCGGGCGCGAUCAGGAAUCGGCACUGGCGAACCUUUCCCGCGGCCAGAUCGAGGACCUGAUCGAGGAGGGUCCGCUGGCCGACGCGAUCUGUCUCGGGUGUGGCAACUACACCGACGGCGACCGCUGCGAGACGUGCGUUCCCGGGUACUUCCGGCGGUUCGUGCCCGGCAAACCGUGCUGGCCGUGCGAGUGCAACGGGCACGGUGACAUGUGCGACCCGAAUACGGGCGAAAAGUGCAACUGUGGCAACAACACCGAGAGCGAUAACACGUGCUCGUCGAAGGGCAAAAACCACGCGUACAACUGCUGGUCGCUGCAGUGCACCAAGUGCAAGGACUCGUACUCGGGCCACCCGUACAAUGGGCAUCAGUGCUACAAACACAUCACCGUUGAGUCACGCAUGUGCUUCGAUGCGAAAACGAUUGACGAGUGUAAAAUAAAACCACAACCGCUCAAGGCCGGCCAGACGGUGUUUUUCGUCAUCCAGCCGCGCUACAUGAACGUGGACAUACGCUUCAUCGUGGACGUGACGCAGGGUGAGCUGGACUUCUACAUGAGCCCCACGGACGAGUCGUUCAUCGUGCAGACGAAUGGGAGUACGGGGCACCAUGACAUUCAUCUCGACGGUGGUUACGCUUGGUACCGCGAUAGUCCCGGAUCGGCGUCAUCUUCCGCCCGUGUCAUGAACUCCGACCCAGCGGACGAGGUGCACCCGCUAAACAUUCGCCUCUCCGACACUCCAGCCACGGGCGAGCGCAAUUCCCCAGCCUGUGGCGGUCAGAUACGGUACGAGGGCUAUCUGGUGACGGAUCGCACUGCGAAGGACCUCAUCACGUACGUGACGCUGCGUCAGUGCAAGUUCCUUCUGCGCGUGUUUGCCCUCAAGAAUCGACUCGUCGUAACGCUGCCCCACACGGUACACGCGCUUGGGCAGACAAAGUUCUACAUCGCUCUAAGGGCACGGUCUGGUUCGGCCGCCAGUUACGGGUUGGUGUUCUUCCGCCAGGACCAGCUGCACAUCCACCUGUUCGUGUUCUUCUCCGUGUUCUUUUCGUGCUUCUUCCUGUUUCUGGCCAUCUGCGUGCUUGCGUGGAAAGCCAAACAGGCGGCCGAUAUGCGCCGAGCCCGUCGGCGCCACGUGGUCGAAAUGCUGCACAUGGCCAAGCGACCGUUUGGCCGGGUGAACCUAUCACUCGAGUGUCCGACGGUGUCGCGUGACGGGGCCGACGGCAGCGGAACAACUCCUGCACCACAUCGACGGCGUGGUCGUGGUUCGAAACAUUCCAGCACAAACGCCGGUGGAUCUGUGUCCGGCGUCGCUAGCAGUAACCCAGCGAUGACCCAGCAUUCGCUUGCGCAUCAACACCAGCAACAGCCGGCGGAUGUGGCUCCUAUUGCACUGGAACCAACGGCGGACAACUACGCAGCCGUCGGGACGGUGUUUGUCCGAUUGCCCGGCAAGCAGCGAUCUCAGAUGACGCUUGCUUUGGCUUCGGCACUGAUCGUGAUGGGACGCUCCGGUAGCUACCCGUCGUACGCAAUCCGUGGUCACCAUCAUCAUCAUCAUCGCCGGCGUAGCUCGCCAGGUCAAGCGGCCGGGGGGAACGCAUGUGCACCUCUCCACGCCUCAUCGCCUGCAAGGCAUCAUUAUCCACAUCAUCAUCAUCAUCCGAACAACCAUCAACACCAGCAACAGCAGCAGCAGCAACAGCAGCAGCAUCGCGUAGAGGUGGCCGACGUUGUUGGUCCGCUGGCGGAACGGCAACCGUUUAUCGAGGUGCAUCUCGAGCAGGUUCCGAUGCAACCGCUCGGUGCGCAGAACCGCGGCCAUUAAACGAAGUGCUGAGAGAAAACACAACCGUUUGCUCAACGAAAAUUAAUUACAGGAACCCAGAGGGCCAGUCUGGAAGUAACCGCCCAUCGGAAAGUAGCAGCGCUUAAAUGGCAAACUAUCGUUUUCUUUUCUUUUUUUUCGAUUUUACGCACACAUGCUCUAAUUUAUGUAUCCCGCUGCUUCCUCCCAUGCUCCUCUAAAGCUUGCUUACAACAAAACCCCCUUGCCUUAAGUUAGCUUGUUCGAAACCGUGCGUAUCGAUUCAUCAUCAUCAAGCUUAGCUAACUGAGUUGCGAUAGGAUAAUUUAGAAAACGGGCUCCGAAGAGGCUUGUCUGAUCUCCGAACAACCGUGUAUGAACAGUUUGAAACCAAACCCACGUGGUAGGCUAUUAGUGUUUUUUUCUUUUCUACACCACCGAGUGUUGAUACUAGGAUUAGGUUGUAUAAGAAUUGGCAUAUCGCAAACUCUGUGUGUCUGUGUGUGUGUGAAUAUAUUUUUGGCACAUGCAAAGAUUGUUUUAGACGAAACAUUUAUUUUCAUUUCAGUGGAAUCACAGUCCACUUUUAAGUUAAGAUGGAGCAUUUGUUAAUCUGUCGUAAAGGAUCGACAAGAAGCAUUAAUAUUUUGUUCUCCUGUGAAGCGUUUAUGAUGUAAUAGGUAAAAAAAAUGGCAAACUCAUCAGUGCGAGUUCCCGGUACGAUCUGUAGCAAAGAACCACUAGUAAAUUAUUAUCCAUCCAUGGAGGAUGUUGUUGUUCAUCCUCCAGAGUAUCACUUUAGAAGCAAAGGAAAAGACAAGCGCUAGGUACUUCGCGAAACCGUCUUAGUUUACGUACUUCUAACGGCCAUGUGUUAUUUUUCUCUUAGUAAUAAAUUUGUGCAUGUGUGUGUGUGUGUGCGUGUGCGUGUGAACGUGUGCAAUUUGUAUGUGUGACUAGGAUGAGGUGGAUAAGGUGCGAUCAAGCAAGGUAGUGUGAAACUGAGUGCAAUAAGAACGCGAGGAAAUGGAAAGGAACCCGCGCAACCGUGGGUAGAAAAUCUUAAUCUUAUACUUACCGACUUAUAGCGUGUUAAGCUACUAAUACUACUGAACGCAAACCGUGAUACCGAAUGUUUACCAUAAAUCGAGAAAUCUACGGAUGGAACCACUGGUCUUGAUGUGAACCCUUUCCUCCCGUGUAAGGGCAUAUACAAAACCGUUCUCCCGUAAACCGACUCGAUCUCGACACAGAACUCGCAAGUAUUGUUAUUUCAAGAGGAUAUUUUUACAUUGCACUGAAGCAGCUGCAAGAUUAUUGUCAUCAUUAUUGUAUACAAAAAUCGAUAAGCAAAUAGUAUUAUACAUUAAGUGUGGAAAACACGCAACGCAAAGGAACAAUUUAAUGUAUUAGUUAAUCCAUUGUUUUCCGUAAACUAUUUUCACAUCCUUACCAUUGCAAUAGUGUGUUAGUUUCAAUUUUCUAUUCACUCAAAGAUGCUUCCUAUUUUUCGAUCCCCUUGUGGCCCAAGUAAGAAACAAGUCGAUCCAGUGUUAGUUUCGAUUGAGUCGUGUCCGUACAUCGGUGCUUCCCUGGUAGCGAAAAUAAUUCUAGCUAGGAUUAAGCGUUGGCCGACGGAUAGUAGUAGUACGCGAUUGGGAACGCAUAAAGCAAACAUGAUCCCGACGAGCACAAACGGCACGGUAAGGAUGAAACCAAACGGAUCAAGAAUCUCGUCCGGUUCGCGAAAACCUUCGAUCGCUGGUGAUGAUAUAGUAAACUGAACAAAACGAUGUGUGUAGAUAAUUGUAAACCUAACCAAAACGAUGAUCGCGGGCUAACCCCGCGGGAAACGGGUCGCGUAGGCCCCGGAGGAAAUAGAAUUUAAACGGUAAAACUUAUCGAACCGAGCGCCAUUUCUCCAGCACGUUGUUUAUAUUUUGUACAUGGCUGGUGGUCGGUGGAGCUGGUUGAGCUGCGCGCAAAGUUGCGAAGUAAACUGUGUAGUAAUCUCAAUGAAAUAAAGUAAAAAGUUU